ACUGGCACGAACGCGUGGCUGCGCCGGAGACCGCGGGCGGCGUCCCGGGGUGUCGGCCCGCAGGUGGCGCGUCAGCGCCCGCCCCGCACUAAGCACCGACUUUCGGGACACGUGGCGGCGCGGCGGCAGCCACCGUAGGCGCCUGCUGGCGUCACGGUCCGUGCGGGCGCCGGGUGUAGCGGGGCGGAGGGGCCCGCGCUCGCGGCUGCGGGAGAUGGCGGACGCCUUCGGCGAUGAGCUGUUCAGCGUGUUUGAGGACGACUCUGCCGCUGCGCCGGGAACCAGGAAGAGCAAGGACAAGGGGAAAUGGAAGGCGCCUCCAGGGCCUGCGGAAAAGGCCGGGAAACGUCCUGAUGGUAAUUUACAGUCCGAGUCCACUAAUGUUGGGAAAACCAAAAGAGACGUGGAUUUCGAGAGCACAGAUGAACCCAUUUUUGGAAAGAAGCCCAGGCUAGAAGAGUCAAUAACCGACGACUUAAGCCUGGCAGACUUGAUGCCCAGAGUGAAAGUACAGUCGGUUGAAACGGUCGAAGGCUGUACCCACGAGGUUGCCCUUCCUGCAGAUGAAGAUUAUUUACCACUUAAACCUCGAGUUGGGAAAGCUGCAAAGGAAUACCCAUUCAUUCUUGAUGCUUUUCAAAGAGAAGCCAUUCAGUGUGUGGAUAAUAACCAGUCCGUGUUGGUGUCUGCACACACAUCAGCGGGGAAGACUGUAUGUGCCGAGUAUGCCAUCGCUUUGGCCUUAAGGGAGAAGCAGCGGGUGAUAUUUACCAGCCCCAUCAAGGCUCUGAGUAACCAGAAGUACCGCGAGAUGUAUGAGGAGUUCCAGGACGUCGGCCUGAUGACGGGAGACGUCACUAUUAACCCCACGGCAUCCUGUCUCGUCAUGACCACAGAGAUUCUGAGAAGUAUGCUGUACAGGGGCUCUGAAGUCAUGCGUGAAGUCGCUUGGGUCAUAUUUGACGAAAUCCAUUACAUGAGAGACUCAGAGCGCGGUGUGGUCUGGGAAGAAACCAUCAUCCUGCUUCCUGAUAACGUCCACUAUGUCUUCCUGUCGGCCACCAUUCCGAAUGCCCGGCAGUUUGCUGAAUGGAUUUGCCAUUUACAUAAACAGCCCUGCCACGUGAUCUACACGGACUACCGGCCCACGCCCCUGCAGCACUACAUCUUCCCGGCCGGCGGGGACGGCCUGCACCUGGUGGUCGACGAGAACGGGGACUUCCGGGAGGACAACUUCAGCACCGCCAUGCAGGUGCUGCGGGACGCAGGGGACCUGGCGAAAGGCGACCAGAAGGGCCGGAGGGGAGGGACGAAAGGACCGUCAAAUGUGUUCAAGAUUGUGAAGAUGAUCAUGGAAAGGAAUUUUCAACCCGUGAUCAUUUUCAGCUUCAGUAAGAAGGACUGUGAAGCCUACGCUCUUCAGAUGACCAAACUGGACUUCAACACAGGUGAAGAGAAGAAGAUGGUGGAAGAGGUGUUCAGUAACGCAAUCGAUUGCUUGUCGGAUGAAGAUAAGAAGCUCCCCCAGGUGGAACACGUGCUUCCUCUUCUGAAGCGGGGGAUCGGCAUUCACCACGGUGGUCUGCUCCCGAUUCUGAAAGAAACCAUAGAAAUCCUGUUUUCCGAAGGGCUGAUAAAGGCCUUAUUUGCAACGGAGACUUUUGCGAUGGGAAUUAACAUGCCAGCCAGAACAGUUUUAUUUACAAAUGCCCGAAAAUUUGAUGGGAAAGAUUUUCGAUGGAUUUCCUCCGGGGAGUACAUCCAGAUGUCCGGCCGUGCGGGCAGGCGGGGGAUGGACGACAGGGGCAUCGUGAUCCUCAUGGUGGACGAGAAGAUGAGCCCGACCGUGGGGAAGCAGCUGCUCAAGGGCUCGGCUGACCCUCUGAAUAGUGCUUUCCAUCUAACCUACAACAUGGUUUUGAACCUGCUCCGCGUGGAGGAAAUCAACCCCGAGUACAUGCUGGAGAAGUCCUUCUACCAGUUUCAGCAUUACCGAGCGAUCCCGGGGGUGGUGGACAAGGUGAAGAGCUCGGAGGAGCAGUACAACCAAAUAGCGAUCCCGAACGAGGAGAGCGUGGUCGUUUAUUACAAGAUCCGACAGCAGCUGGCCAGGCUGGGGAAGGAGGUGGAGGACUACAUCCACAAGCCCAAGUACUGCCUGCCGUUUCUGCAGCCCGGCCGUCUGGUGAAGGUGAAGAAUGAAGGAGAUGAUUUUGGUUGGGGAGUGGUGGUGAAUUUCUCAAAAAAGUCAAAUGUUAAGCCCAACUCUGGGGAGCUGGACCCCCUCUACGUGGUGGAGGUGCUUCUGCGCUGCAGCCGAGAAAGCCUGGAGAACUCCGCGACCGAGGCGGCCAAGCCGGCCAAGCCCGACGAGAGGGGCGAGAUGCAGGUGGUUCCGGUUUUGGUGCAUCUCCUGUCUGCCAUCAGCAGCGUCCGGCUGUACAUCCCCAGAGACCUGCGGCCGCUGGACAACAGGCAGAGCGUGCUCAAGUCGAUCCAGGAAGUGCAGAAGCGGUUCCCGGACGGCGUCCCGCUGCUGGACCCCAUCGACGACAUGGGCAUCCAGGACCAGGGGCUGAGGAAGGUCAUCCAGAAGGUGGAGGCGUUCGAACACCGCAUGUACUCCCACCCGCUGCACAGCGACCCCAGCCUGGAGGCCGUGUACACGCUCUGCGAGAGGAAGGCGCAGAUCGCACUGGACAUUAAGUCGGCAAAGCGAGAGCUCAAGAAAGCGAGGACAGUCCUGCAGAUGGACGAGCUCAAGUGCCGCAAGCGCGUCCUGAGGCGGCUGGGGUUUGCCACGUCUUCCGACGUCAUCGAGAUGAAGGGGCGCGUGGCCUGUGAGAUCAGCAGCGCCGACGAGCUGCUCCUGACCGAGAUGAUGUUCAACGGCCUCUUCAACGACCUGUCGGCGGAGCAGGCGGCCGCCCUGCUGAGCUGCUUCGUGUUCCAGGAGAAUUCUAGCGAGAUGCCCAAACUGACAGAGCAGUUAGCAGGCCCACUCCGUCAAAUGCAGGAAUGUGCUAAACGAAUCGCGAAAGUCUCAGCAGAGGCCAAAUUGGAGAUUGACGAGGAGACGUACCUGAGCUCCUUCAAACCUCACCUGAUGGACGUGGUGCACACCUGGGCGACCGGAGCAACGUUCGCCCACAUCUGCAAGAUGACCGACGUCUUCGAAGCACGCGUGCCCGGAAGGUGCUGGGCCUCGCCCAUGUUCUGUGACCGGGACGUGUGCGGCCCCGCCCCGCCUUCGUCCUACACCCAGUGACCAGCAGCGACUCCACCCUCUUCCAGCGCGAGGAGGCCCUUCGGCUGCCUGUGUGCAGGGGCGUCCCUCUCAGCCCACGCAUUUGGUUGGCUUCUGUGUCAUUUGUCUCUGUCCCACUGUCUUUGCUGUGGACACCCCGCGAGGAAGCCUGGCUGCUGGGAGCUGAGUGGCGUUGUUGGGGGUGGGCGGGGCCUUCCCCGGGACCCCGAGGGCCUUGUGCCUGCGGGAGGGUUCCCUGUGGCCUCCUGUCCUGUAGGGCUGAGCCUCCCCAGAGUCGGGCUCCAUCUCAGAGGACACAGCCCCGGGGUAGGGGGAGCACAGCACGCCUCAGUGAAUUCACAGCUGCCCGAGAGCCCUCGCUGACGCUCCUGCCGUGUGCCAGGGUCACAGGCACAGACCCGAGCGCCAAGAGCCCGGCCCGGCAGCUCUCGGGGGCCGGGACCCAGGCUGCCCUUGCUGAAGUCCGACCAGAAACUGCAGCCUCAGCGUCUCCACGAACACUCAUGGGCUCAGGGCCCACGGAGGGUGGGGCCGGCCCCCCUUCCCUGCUGCCGCCUCGGGGGCGGGGUGGGGAGAAAGCCCCAAUGAUGGGCUGCGCUGUUCAGCUGGCAGGGAACCCUGUUGUUCCCCUGCUGGAAAACCCGUUGGCCCCUGGUGUCAGGACAGUGCCCGGGUGUCCAGUUAGCCCUGCGCUCGGGACCCUGACCAGGCAGCUUGUCAGCCCUCCCUGCGUGUCCGGGCCCGUCGGCCUGUGCCCCAGUUGCUCUCCCACGGCCAGGCUAGCUGCCCCUUGGGCUCCUUGGGCUCCGUGGGAGCAGGUGUCGCCGCGGGGAGCCCGCAGCUCUGCAGACCCUGCCCAGUGCAGCGCAGGCCGCCUGGC